UGCACCCAGUUACAUCAUUAGCUUUUGCACUUAGAUUUCUUUCAGAAAUUGUGAUAUGAAGGUGUUUAAGCACCAAGAAUUUUCUCAGGGUGAGAGCUUCCUGUACCACCCUCCCACAAACCAGGCACCCCACUGCCAUUGGUUAGGGUCAAAUACCACAGGCUCUGCAUUCAGAGUAAUUCUGUGCCAUUUGAGAAAGCAAGAGCCAAAGGAGGCUGAAGAAUGAAGGCCAUUGCACAUAUUUUUAUGCAUUUGUUUCUCUUUGAUGCUGUUUUGGCUGGUCCUACAAGGAGUCCUGUAACUUAUGACUCUGAAACAUAUGAUGUUGGUUUGGAAGAUCUGGAUAGCCUAUAUGACUAUGAUGAAAAUCUGUCUGUUGAUCAGGCACAGGUAGAGAUUGGAACAGUAGUACCAUCUGUAACUCGAGAGAUUUAUUUACCUUCUCCACUGCCAGAAGAACCCGACGAAGAAGCAUCCACACCUAAGCUUAUUGAUGGCUCUUCACCUCAUGGACCAGGAGUUCUUGGUCCCCAUACACACGAAGGCCUCCCAACCUGUCUUCUGUGUAUGUGCCUAAGUACUUCUGUCUACUGUGAUGAUCGUGAACUCGAAGAUCUUCCCCCCUUGCCGAAGGAAACCACACAUUUCUACUCUCGCUAUAACAGAAUCAAAAGGGUCAACAGGGAUGACUUUGCUAACCUAAGCAACUUAAAAAGGAUUGACUUGACUUCAAAUUUUAUAUCUGAAAUUGAUGAAGAUGCCUUCAGGAAACUACCACAACUUCAGGAACUGAUACUUCGAGAUAACAAGAUAAGGCAGCUUCCAGAAUUACCACCAACCUUGAUAUUCAUUGAUAUUAGUAACAACAGGCUUGGUCGCAAAGGAAUCAGACAAGAAGCAUUUAAAGAUAUGUUUGACUUGCACCAUCUUUACAUCACUGAUAACAACUUGGAUCAUAUCCCACUUCCACUCCCUGAAAGCCUCCAGUCUCUUCAUCUGCAGAACAACAAUAUACAAGAAAUGCAUGAAGAUACUUUCUGCAAAAUGAAGGAUUAUUCUUACAUCCGCAAAUCUCUCGAAGACAUCAGGCUAGAUGGCAAUCCCAUUAAUCUGAGCAAAACCCCUCAUGCCUACAUGUGUCUACCCCGUCUGCCUGUUGGGAGCCUUUUUUAGGCUUAGGCCAUAGUGAAAAUGUCAUGUAACAUAAUUUCUUUUGCAAGUAUGCUUUCUAAAGCAAACUGCUUCAAAAGCUUGUGACAGUAUGAUAUGGUUGUAUUGGUGUAAAAUAAUAAGUAAACAGUUGCAGUCAGUAACGCACAGUGCUGAAUACUAAUUCAUUCUCUAUUAAAGUAUACCCUGCUUCCAUAUUGUAACCAGUGCAUUGUAAUCAGUGCAGAAUAGCUGACAUGAUAACUAUGAUGAAAGGAGAAGGGAAUGAAUAAGUAUUAGAGAAACUGAAUAUUAAUGAUACAUGGUUCAUAAUUUUAUCCACAUUAAAAUUGUAAUAGUAAAGCUAUAAGAAUUGUAUAUAAAUAGAAAAUGACCCAUGCUACCUUCUUUUUAAUCAUAUUCUAUAUGUAAAGCUUUUCCAUAAUUUUUUUUCAUAAAAAUGUAACAAAAGUCCUGUCUGGAUGAAACCAAAGCUCCAUAUAGGCCAGCGUCCUACUUGCUAUAGAGGGCAGCUAUAUAGUUAACGGUACUUGCUCACAGGACCAGCAUUUAUUCUCUGUGGCCCUUUCAUUACUCCCUUAAAAAUGGUCAAAAUAGGGGCUUCUUUUCAAGGGCAAAUAUUUGUUAAUAUUCAAUCGAGAUAUCACAAGUGUUGCUAUCUAUUUGUUGUGAGACGGGGAUGUCUAAUCCAUGGCCCAUGAUCUACAACUGGUUCCCAAGAGUUGUAGCCUACUAAGACCUGCCUCCCACAAUUUGCCAUGUACAUUUUUUAAUGGCUUCUUUGGAUCCCGUUUCGAUGCCAUGAUGACAAAUGCCUUUUUUGUGGCCCUCUAAGCCAGUCCCGGUACAUUUUAAAACAAUACUUUAAUGUAUAUAUUAAUACAUAUUAACUGAUUGAUCCUAUAGUCACCCAACUAUAAAAAGCAUGGGAACCCUCGGAGUUUUCUUUAGAAAAGAAAAAAUCAUCACACUCGUUUACGUCUUGGCGACCUGCACUUUGGCAUGCAGUCUCUGGAGGGGUUGACCAUGAGUCAAUGCAGCCUUCAGCCCAAAAGGUUUAUUACCUCAGCUGUAAGAGUUGAGCUUCUUAAUACAGGGUGCAGAUUAAAGUCAGAGCCACACUUGCACGCAUAUCUGCAGUAGAAAUGAUAGGAGCCACAUGCAUCUAUCUUUAGACCUCUCCUUUUCCUAUCCAUGUGGUUUCUGUCAACAACUGUUGAUCUUUUUUUACUAGCAACUAAGACGGCAAAUACUCGGAAAUUUAGCCAACCUCUGGUUUAUUUGUUUUUUUAAAAAAAAAUCUUUGCAAAUAAUAUCAGGUUCUUAGAAUGUUGAUAAUUUACUUGCAUUGGUAUCGCCAUUUUAAAGAGUACUACUGCCAUCAUGUGUUGAGAUAUUAUAAAUAAAGCUUGUCAAAUCCUCA